CUUGGCCCCCAGGUGCAGCUCUGCCGUUUUCACUCCCUCCUGCUGCAGAGGAGGUGCCCGUGGCAGCCGCCCGCCCUGCACUGCAGACACAUGGCCAGCCCUCCGAUGCCACGCUGGCGCCAGCGCAGGGGGCUGCUGUGGAAGGUGCUGCUGGCUGCGGGGCUGGGGCUGCCCCUGGCGGCCGGGACGCACUACGGCCUGGCUGAUGCCCAGGAGCGGAGGAAGAUGCGGCUGCUGGUGGAGGGCGUCGGGCGCUUCGGCAGGUCCCUGAUCCUGGGCAUGCGGAUCUCACUGGAUUACUGGCGGAUGACCCAUGUGACGCUGCAGGGCGUGGACGAGAACAGCUCAGAGUACAAGGAGGCGAUGUCAGCCUGUCACCAGCGGGCGGCCGACAGGCUGGUGCAGGGCGCCAUCCGCAACGGGGGCCUGUACGUCAAGCUGGGCCAGGGCCUGUGCGCCUUCAACCACCUCCUGCCGCCCGAGUACAUCAGCACCCUGCACGUGCUGGAGGACCAGGCCCUCAAGAGGGGCUGCGGGGAGGUGGAUGAGUUGUUCCUGGAAGAUUUCAAAGCCACGGCCGACACGCUCUUCCUGGAGUUCAACUACCAGCCCAUGGCCGCGGGUAGCCUGGCCCAGGUGCACAAGGCCCGGCUCCCGGACGGCAAACUGGUGGCUGUGAAGGUGCAGUACAUCGACCUGAGGGAUAGGUUCGAUGGGGACAUCCGCACGCUGGAGCUGCUACUGCGCAUCAUCGAGUACAUGCACCCCAGCUUUGGGUUCAGCUGGGUCCUGAAGGACCUGAAGGGGACGCUGGCCCAGGAGCUGGACUUCGAGAACGAGGGCCGGAACGCGGAGCGCUGUGCCCGGGACUUGCGCCACUUCCCCUACGUUGUGGUCCCCACUGUGCACUGGGACAAGUGCAGCAAGAGAGUCCUGACGGCAGAUUACUGCGAAGGCUGUAAAAUCAACGAUGUGGAGAGCAUCAGGGCGCAGGGGCUGGACCUCAAAGACACCGCAGACAAGCUGAUCCAGAUGUUUGCUGAGCAGAUCUUCUACACGGGCUUCAUCCAUGCGGACCCGCACCCUGGGAACGUGCUGGUGCGGAGGGGCCCCAACGGGAAGGCCCAGCUGGUGCUGCUGGAUCACGGCCUCUACGAGUUCCUCAGUGAGAGGGACCGGACGGCACUGUGCAAGCUGUGGCGAGCCAUCAUCCUGCGGGAUGACUCAGGCAUGAGGGCCUUCUCCGCCGAGCUGGGCGUGAAGGAUUAUUUCCUCUUCUGCGAGAUCCUGAUGCAGAGGCCCAUCCACAUGGGGCAGCUGAGGCUGGCUAACAUCCUGACGCAGGAGGAGACGCUCUACAUGCAGGCCAUGGCCCGGCACCACUUCGAUCGCAUCAUGCAGGUGCUCAAGGACCUGCCCCGGCCCAUGCUACUCGUCUUCCGCAACAUCAACACCGUGCGCAGCAUCAACAUUGCCCUGGGCGCCCCCGUCGACCGCUACUUCGCCAUGGGCAAGAGCGCCGUGAAGGGCUGGAGCAGGAUCGCUGGCCACAAAUCCUCCGGCAUCCGCAGCCUCUUCUGCUGGCUCCGGGUGAGGUGGGAGACCCUCAAGUUCGAGAUCGCCCUCAGGUACGAGACGUUCUCCAUGAGGCUGAUGGCCUCCCUCAUUCGCUUCCUCGCCUACGUGGGCUUCCUCUCCGAGAGCGACCAAAUCUACGAGUACCUCCAGGCCUAGCUGAGCCGC